UUAUUAAGUGACUGUGUCGGGACGUGACCUGAACAUGAUGAUGGAAUUUGCAGUGGAUCAACAACAGAUGUCGGUCCCUGAUGCAAUGUACAACAUUAUUACAAGUCUACAAGAUGUCCAUUAUUUAGAUUUCUGUCUUACAAAACAUGUUAACACAGAAACGUGGCUCACAAGGAGCAUUUAUAAACAAGUACAAAUAGCAUUUUUACUCUAGUUUUAACAACUUUACAACAAGUACAAGGUGAAAUGUCUAGAAGACACUUUCUAGGAAAAUUGGGAGGUGCCCUCUUUCUAGGAAUUACGGUACAUUGACUUCAGCAACCGGAAGUGACGUCGCUUAUGGCCCUGUGCGAGUUCAGUCGUUCGGUGUUGUGUGUUUUGGUUGAUUUGUGACAUAGACUAAAGUCGGCGGUGAAGAGUGGUCAAACAUGUGUUCCAGUUUGACGCCGGGCAGCCUGAGUCUGGAGUCACAGCUUAUGUCCAUAAUGGACGUGCUGGUGAAAGCGGCGGUGGUGGAGAUCAGCCAGCUUUUCUCCGAGAGCUCCGUUAACCUGCGCCUGCAUUUAAGCCAGAGUCUGAAGGAAAACGAGGUGCUGAGAACCAGAAUGAAAGUGAUGAGGAGCGAGCUCUUCUCCUUCAGGCUGCAGACCAGAAUGAACCGACCGGCAAGCCGUCAGAUAUUGGUCCGAGGGAUCUUCUCCAAACCACGGGCAAAAAUACCAGUUAUCCCUAAACACACCAAGGCUCAAAAACUCUCCAAGACUGAGUCUAUGUCUCUACAGUCAGAAAACAAGAUUUCAUCCACUGCCACUCAGUUACAGUGUCCAGAUGAUGAGGCUGAAGGCGUGAUCGUGAUUAAAGAUGAAGAUGAUGUAGGAGAGUCUACACCAGAUGCAGGUCAUGGUGACUUCCAAAGCCCAGGCGCACAGGGAUCCGUUUCCACAGGCGCUCAGAAUUUAGAGCCUGCUGUAACAUUCCGCGUUAGAAGUGAAAGUGAUCAGCUCAAGAUCGUGAGUGUCCACAGCCAAAGAGAAAGGCCUCAGCAGGAGGAGAGCGACACCCUGUUCACUGCCUCUGAAAUCCAGGCCUUCACUUCUCUGUCUCUCGAUCACACUGGCAGCCAUGACAGUCUCCUCGGUUUUACCACAGACUGCGUUCCAGUGAAGGUGGAGCAGGAUAUCGGUGGACUGGAGAGAAACAGCCAGUCAGAACAAAACAGUCAAAUGUCUUCAACUGCUUUUAAAUUUGCAGUAAAGCCAACAAUCGUCAGAGCUGAUGAUGAAAUGGGGCGCUUUAGUCACACUGACCAGUUUGCCCGGCAGCACAGCAUCGUCCCUCACUCUUUGCAGAAGUCCUUGGGUUGCAGCUUCUGUGGAGAGCACUUCCACAGUCGCGAGGCCCUGAUCCUGCACCGGGCCACUCACACCGGAGAGCCACCUGUUCAUUGUAACAUGUGUGGCAAGACAUUCGUCAACAAGACCACACUGAGCAUCCACAUGCGCAUUCACACCGGGGAGAAGCCGUACGCGUGUACACAGUGUGGGAAACGCUUCACGCAGAAUGGCAGCCUGAAGAUCCACCUCAGGACACACUCUGGUGAGAAGCCCUACACCUGCAAUCAGUGUCCAGCCAGUUUCAACAACCCCAGUAACCUGCGCAGACACAUGUUCACGCACACCAGCGGGCUGCUUUGAUCACAGCUGCAGAAUACGUUUCUGUACAUUUACUGACUGUCCUGUAUAUUUUACAUUUUUCAGGCGUUCCUCAAAAGCAUCAGACUCUAUAAGUGGCUACAUUAUCAAGUGUCAGUUCUCUAUGUUCCGAGCAGAUGCUGUGUGAUCUCCUUUCACAACAGCUGCCGCACACUCUGUCUUGAACAUUUUAAAUGAAAUGUGAUUUAAAAUUACGUUUCACUGUUACCGUUUUUCUGUCUCUUUUUGUAAACUUGUCAAUAUCAGAGGGCUUUUUUUCUAGUUUCCCAUUGUAUGUCUAAUAUGUGUUCUGUAUAAAUACUUGCUACCUCCGCUGUUACCCGUGUCAAUGCUCUGAUUUAACACUUAAGUGCAGUUUCAGAUGGUACAACAAGCCGUUUAUGGGGGUUGUUCUUGGGCAAUUGCAAUGUAUCUUUGCAUCUUCUUAUUAAAUGAUAUUUUGACAGAAA